AUGUUCUCCCGUACCGCUAUCCGAAGCUGGGUUAACAAGAACACCAAGGUUAUUUGCCAAGGUAUCACCGGAAAGCACGGCACCUUCCAUACCGAGCAAGCUAUUGCUUAUGGUACAAAGAUGGUUGGUGGUGUGAACCCCAAGAAGGCGGGAAUGACCUAUCUUGGUCUGCCUGUCUUUGGUACUGUUUCUGAGGCUGUGAAGGCAACAGGAGCUGAUGCCACUGUUAUCUACGUUCCUGCCCCUCACUGUGCUGCAGCCGUUGAGGAAGCUCUCGAUGCUGAAGUUCCCCUUGUGGUUGUCAUUACUGAGGGAAUUCCUCAGUGGGACAUGCUCCGUGUAAAAUCUAUGCUUCUUUCUCAGAACAAGACCCGCCUUAUCGGUCCCAACUGCCCUGGUAUUAUCAAGCCUGAAGAAUGCAAGAUUGGUAUUAUGCCUGGACAUAUUCACAAGAAGGGAUGCAUUGGUGUGGUUUCACGAAGCGGUACAUUAACCUAUGAGGCUGUUGCUCAGACUACUGCAGCCAAUCUUGGACAAUCACUCUGCGUCGGAAUUGGUGGUGAUCCGUUCAACGGAACCAACAUGAUUGAUUGUGUAAAGUUGUACCUUGAGGAUCCCGAAACCGAGGGUAUUAUUCUCAUUGGUGAGAUUGGUGGAAGCGCAGAAGAAGAAGCUGCUGAAUUCAUCAAGAACCACCCCAUUAAAAAGCCAGUGGUCUCCUUCAUUGGUGGCGCGACAGCUCCUCCCGGCCGCCGUAUGGGCCACGCUGGUGCUGUGGUCUCUGGUGGACAGGGCACGGCCAAGGGUAAGAUGGACGCACUGGAGGCUGCAGGUGUUAUCAUUUCCCACUCACCGGCCCAACUUGGUAACCAUAUGGCUGAGGCUAUCAAGAAGAAGCGCGGAACGGCGUAG